GCAGUUUGCUGAAUUUGCUCAUCGGUGACCUUCUUGUUCAUUAUUCGCCUCUGCUUCGCACAGCGAGUAAGUUCUUUCUGAAGAUUAAAUUUUGUGAAAAGAAAAGACAUGUACGCGAUUCAAAACACAGUUAAGAAAGUACCGAGAUUACUAAAUGUAUGUCAAAAUCAACGUAGAACACUUCUUGUUACACCACCAAGGGUUAGAAUACCUUUUCCUGAAAAAGUGGCAUUUGGUAUGGCUAUAUGGAUCGGAGUAAUGGGUGUUCCACUGUACAUUGCGUGUAAUGUAAAUAACUAUAACGCUCGUAAAAAGGGAUAGACGAUCUUUUGUAGCUGUAUUCUCAAAUUUGUAAAGUAAAUAGCUAUUACAAAAAAUAGGAGAAUGUAUAUCAUAUACUUGAAAUAAAUAUGAAAUUAGAUAAA